CGGGGCGAGUCAUCAGUCCGCGCUCGGCCGUCGGGAAGGCUGUGUGUGUUGUGCUUGAGCUCUGCGGCCACUGAACACGAGGACUUCAAACAUGCGCGUGCUGUGGCUAGUCGCGCUGUGGGCGAUAUCGGCCGCGGUGUCGGCCCGUAACUUCACACCUAAGAAGCCCGAAAUUAAAAAAGAGAUAAAUAAAAAACUCAGCUUAAAUGAAUCUGAACUUAACAAAAAACUCUCCUCUGACGUAGCAACUGUGAAGAAAGCAAUCGCAGGGAAGAACGACGAAGAUACAAAGGCCACUCAACGCUUAGACUUAUCAGUGGAUCCCAAAGUUGACAUUUCAGUUGUGAAAUCCACCAAACCGAAUGUUGCAAAUACUUUAGAAUCUGCUGCGGUAAAACAAGCUGACAUUGCUACUGACGCAGAUUUCAAGAUUCCGUUUAUUGAGAAUAUUGACACCACGGAAGUUGUUGACGUUGACAUAACAGACAAGGAUUCAAUACCACUCGUGUUGACACGCGCCGCACUCUCUCAACUGCUCAAUAUAUCGUCUGAGAAUCUCGACAAGGAACUCAAGUCUAUCACCGUUGGUAACACUGGUAUCACAAUCGGAGACCUCGGAGCUCUCGGUACCCUUUUCCCCACCACGGCUGGUGGAGCCACAAACUUUGCAACGAUCACAUUUCCGGACUUCCUUGGUACGUUUUUUGGGGGAAACUUCGCUGCCGGGUUAGCAGGACUGCCUGAUUUCGGAAACUUAGCCGGCCUACCCGGAGUACUGGCGGGUAUUUUGACGGUGGCUGCUGCAGUAGGAGCGGGCCUAGCUGCUCUCAUCGCCCUCGCGGUGCCAGCUCUCCAAAUUGCCAAUCAAAUUCUCGCGAUCAUCGCGAUCUCCCUCCUCAUUGCUUAUGUCGUGGAAGAUAAGGAGGAGGAGGUUGAAGAAACUGGAUACGGCUUCGCGGACACCGGAACUGGCUACGGCCUCAGCUCCGGCUACGGCUACGACGCAGGCCCAGGUUUAGUGAGUGCUGGAGACACUACGGGGUACAGCAGCUACUCCGACUACCGACGAGCAGACAAGCCUGUCGACGCCUUCUCUGAUCUUAUGGCUGACAAUACCAUCGAUGGAGUGGAACCUUUCAAAGCUUCUACAAUAGGCCGCUCAUUCGGGCUCACCCCCAUGAUAAACAGAGUCGCCAAGGUAGUCUCAGAUGCCGUUCACACUUACUCAAACAUGUAUGGUGAUGACGAGGAGGAGUAAAUUCCUUUCUUUUAUUUACUGACAUGAAGAAAUCUGAUGAGUUAUUUAGUCUUAUUUCAAAUGGUCUUAGAUCGACCAGACGCUGAAGCCAGUUACUAUUAUUGAAAACAAUGUUGAGAACACAUCCAGUCUCAACACUUUCAUUAAUAGUAAUUUAUCAUUAAUUAAUUGAUUAUUAAUUAUUUUAUUUAUAUAAAAUUUAAUGUAUUUCAUUUACUUGAAAUAUUUGUUACCAUCAAAUACGGAAAGUUUCUCACACAUCAGCUAAAAAAGGUCUAGAUAUUCAGUUUAAACAAGUUGUUAGUUUGGUGAUAGAGUGGAAUUUUUAGCAUGACUUACUAUCAGUGCAUAGAAGUUGUUGAUCCAAUACGCUUUCACAAGUGUAAAUUUUCGGUAGCACCAAAUAUUUGUUAGCUACUUUUAAGUUCGAUACUCUGCUUAUCCAUUACUUGGACGCCCUAAAUUGUACUACGUAAAAUUUUUCGUGCGCAUCUAUAUUUUUAGUAUACAUUAGUUCCAUUUAUAAUCUAUUUGAUGCUAACGUUAUAUGGAGCAGUGCUGCCCUAUCUAUUUUUUACUAUUUAUUUCUGUUAUUUAAUUUUUUAAAUAGACAAAAGACUUUCUGCCAACUUCGUCGAUUGACUAGCGGACUCUUCAACUUGACAAGAUGGCUAAAGAAGCAACCUUCAUGACUUGCAUCUCUUAUUGACAAUAAUGCUUAUUCCAUAGGACAGGUGACAUAUGACUUACAGCUGAAAACAAGACGACUGGAAAACGGUGAAAAACUGAUAGUGACGCCGACUCGGAAUUCCACAACCAUUAAUAUUCAAAGACUUAUUUACUGUGAUUUGGCAAUGAUUCAGAAGUUACUUGACUUUGUUUUUGCCCAUCGCUUGACGAGGAAGUUGCUAUUUCUAUUAUAAUAUACCAAAAUAUUUGACUGUGGCAUGACUAUGCAGUGACUUGAUUAUGCCAUGACUCAACUAUACAUUGACUCUACCAUACGAGACUUUGACAGGACUAUGAUAUUAAUUUGCUAAUGUUAACUCUGGACCAGGAUUUGGCGAGACUUGGGCUGUACUAAAUGAAACGGGACAAUGGCGCUAGCCACGACUUUAUAUUCAACUGAUGAUUCAAAAGUUGCUUGACUGUAAUAUUUUUGUUCGGCAUGACUAUAAAUAGCACGAAUAGGUACCGAAUAUUACAACGAUGACAUUUUAUGGCCGUGACGUGUGACAUUUGUUACGUACCUGACAUAAUUUUAAGCGCUUCUGUUGAUCAUGUCUACAGUGAAGCAUUGAACGCGUUCUUUGUACAUAAAGCCAAUGCGGUAUAAUGUGUAUUUGUGUGUGUAUGUAUAUAUGUACGAAAAUAAUCUAGUUGCUCACUUGUACAUAUGUACAUACUUAUAAUCUAUAGCGAUAUGCUGGACGCUCAAAGACAGAGAAAAUAUAGGCAGUGACGGAACAUAGUGCUAAUAACACUUUUUAUGAUGAAUACAAAACUGACUUUUUCAA